AUGCGCGGGCCGGUCCACCUCCCGACGACUCCGCAUGAGCAGGUGCGCCAACACCUCGGCUUUCUCUUCAUCAAAAUGGACGCCCUCCCUGAUGAGCUGAAACUCCACAUCAUCUCGUACCUCGACUGUGCUCCUCCGUCCGACCGUCGCUUCUUUGACGAGCCCAAUCCCCGCGCCCUCAGCUCGCUCCGUGACCAGCCGCUCAAAGCCUUGUCUCUCGUUUCACGCCGAUGGCACCGCAUCAUCAAGCCCCUGCUCUUCCACUAUCUCGUAUUCCACCUGCACAUCCUCGACGAUGAGCACAACGAAUGGAUCCCAAGCCGCGCUCAGGAGCUGCCCCAAAUCCGCCAUUUUCUUGGAAAGUUUGACCGCCGUCAUCAUGUGAAGAGCUUACUUGUCUGCGCCCACGGCGAGAUAUACGGUUCUUUGAGGGCCGAUAUCGCUUCCGUCUCCACUGACUUUUGGUCUGCCGUGUUUUACUCGAUCGAGCCCGCUUCCAUCAAGGUCGUCGCGCCUCCUGCUGCCCUGGCUCGUCUUGCUGGUUCCGGCGGCUACUUCCAGCAUGCAUGGGCCUUCGAACAGAGCUAUCACGUCCUUGAGCUACGUCAAAACGUCAGCCUUACCGAUGACGGAUGCGCCGAUCCUUUUGGUACUACCGAGAACCUCAUGGCCCGGCGUCGUUGGUGUCACAUUGGUUACAACGAAGGCUCCUCGCUCUCUGCUUACAACCUAUACGAGUAUCAGCAUUACAUUUCCCCUUGCGUCCUGAGGCACCUCCUCGAACGAGCGAGCUGGGACACCAACACCGCCACUUCCCUCACCUAUGUCGCCAUCUUUCCUACCAGCGAGAACGUACUCCGCUUCGCCCGUCACUUGGCUCUCUUACCCACCCAGUGUCAUAUCACUUUUCAGCUGGCACCAGAGCCGACUAGCACCAUCCUGCACGAGCCCGAGCGAAUGAAAAGAGCUCAGCCUGCCGAUCUCUGGGUCGAGCUGGACCGAACCUACAGGGUCUUGGCCGGCUUUCUCGUGCACAAUCGCCGGCAUAAGCUGCGUCCGUCCGUAGAGAGCAGAGACUACAGGUGGAAGGCCUUGGUUGAAACUUUGGACGACGAUGAGCAUCUGGGUGCACUGAAAGGUCACGGCUGGGCUAAGACUGAUGGUUCCGAGUGGGUACCAGUUGACCCAAUAAAACAUCACCCAGUGUGA